AUGGUUAUAUAUGCCGAUCUACUUCCUGGCGUCACUAAUGGCCUGGAUGGCCACGAAUGGGAAUAUGUGGUCAACUCGGAUCAUAAUCACCCCGAAAUCGGGUUCUGCGUUGCACUCGCGAUUGCUUGGAAAAAUCAUGAAGUCUGUAAUCACCAUGUAUUUGUUAAUGGGAGGCAACUGCUGAGCAUAUGCAGUGCCCCCCUUUCAUAUUUUUCAGAAUUCAAAAUUGGCACUGUAUUGAACAGGUUUGGCCAAGAUAUCCAGCUCGUUGAUAAACAGCUGCCUUCUGCUCUGGCAAAUCUCAGCACCCGUAUGUCUAAAACCCAUCUGCUAAACACAGUGAAGCUUACCCGGGUGAUAGAGGUGUUCAAACUCCUCAUGCAGGCGAUUAUUCUCUUUGUCGUGAGACCCAAUAUGGCAAUUACUCUGCCCCUUGUUUGGGUUUGCAUGUACUUUAUACAACGGGUCUACCUACGAACUUCGCGACAACUGCGCUUUAUUGACAUCGAGUCAAACUCUGGCCUUUAUACAAGCUUUUUCCAGACAAUUGACGGUAUCGCGACAAUUCGUGCCUUUGGCUGGGAGGGAAAUUUCGAAGCAGAUAACAUCGAGAAACUAGACGCCUCGCAGAGACCAUUAUACCUUCUUUUGUGCUUGCAACGAUGGCUCAACGUGGUCCUCGAUCUAGUAAUAGCUGGAAUUGCCGUCGUCUUGGUAGCGUCUUCAGUGGCCCUUAGGGGCACCGCCACCGGCGCUGACAUCGGCGUUGCGUUGAAUAUGAUCAUAGCCGCGAAUGCGACAUUGCUUCGCCUGGUUGAAAAUUGGACGAAUCUAGAGACGUCCCUUGGUGCCAUUGCACGUUUGAAAUCUGUCGAUAAGGAUACUCCGUCCGAGGAGAGUGGUCACGAUUAUUUGGAACCUCCUUUACAAUGGCCGGCUAUGGGAUCUAUAAAGCUGCGUCAUCUAUCUACUGGUUACUAUCCUGAUGUACCUGUACUCCGAGAUUUGAAUAUGGACAUCCAAGCCGGCCAGAAGCUCAUAUUAUGUGGCCGAACUGGAAGUGGAAAGAGCAGUUUCUUUCUCAGUCUCCUCCGACUGUUGGAUAUUCAAACAGGUUCUCUCGAGGUCGAUGAUGUGGAUGUCUCUCGCACACCACUGUGUACUGUCCGACGACGCUGCUUCAUCGCCGUUCCCCAGGACCCAUUCAUUCUUCCCCACGCCAGUGUACGGUUCAACCUUGACCCGUACAACGAACAUAACGACACUGCUCUUUGUCAGGCUCUAGAGAGGACCGGUCUUUCGUCCCAUUUUUCGACCUCCAUGUCCGAGGAGCGUGGGGAUAGCCACGAUAUGCCUGAUUCUGAUAUCUUUCAUCGAGCACUUAAUACAUUCCCCCCACUCUCCACGGGUCAGAUGCAAAUGCUUGCCUUUGCACAGGCUCUAUUAAGAGCCCAGCCAUCGGCUCGGAUUACUGACCCGCUGAUCAUCCAGAGGAAGCCUAUAUUGAUUCUCGACGAGGCUAGUUCAUCUCUGGACCUUGAGACAGAGGCUCAGAUGCAGGAGCUAUUGCAGCAGGAGUUCACCAAGAACGGACAUACUGUUAUUAUUAUUGCCCACAGACUGAAUCAUGUAAUGAAGGAUAUGAGGCCGGGAUUGGAUGGUGUGGUUUUGGUGGAUGAUGGGAAGAUGGAGGUGCACGGGUGA